UUAUCUCUCGGUGACGAUCGCACUUUUCUCCAAGGACGCUGUCGCUGUCCCCCACUUUAAUCCGCGCUCGUUCUCGCUUUGUGAACUGCCGUCGCGUAACCACCUACACAGCCAACGCCAUCAUGUCGGAUCGCGAAUUCAACUCCAACGACGACCUGUCGCUGCCAAAGGCGACGGUCCAAAAGAUCAUCACAGAGAUCCUCCCGCCCUCGUCGGGGCAAACGUUCUCGAAAGACGCGCGCGACCUCCUCAUGGAAUGCUGCGUCGAGUUCAUCACACUCAUCUCCUCCGAAGCCAACGAUAUCAGCGAGAAGGAAGCCAAGAAGACCAUCGCGUGCGAACAUGUUGAGCGCGCCUUGCGCGAUCUCGGCUUCGGGGACUACGUCCAGGAUGUUCUGGCCGUGGCGGAGGAGCACAAGGAACAACUGAAGUCGCGCGAAAAGAAGCAGAGCAAAAUGGAGCAGAGUGGCCUGUCGGAGGAGGAGCUGCUGCGCCAGCAACAAGAGCUGUUCCGGUCUGCGACGGAGAAGUACCAUGCUGCGCCGGAGUGAGCGUGGUAGAUCUGGAGUAUUUUCUUUGAUUAUCUAGGUGUUAUAUUCGGGGCUUCGGAGUUGGUGGGUUGGUCUAUAUCUGUUUCUCUAUUUUCCAUGUGGAAUGGGAAAAUUCAUGCUGUUACGGCAGCUGGUGUAUCUAGCAGGUUGCGUGCAUUCUACAAUUGAUCUAUAUCCUUGAG